CGCAGCCUUGUGUUAGAAUCGAAAGUUUAGGUCGAAGUUUAACGGGAGUGAAGUCGGAGCUCAACAUGUGCUGAGCAUCAAAACUUAUGACUGCAGUGUUCAUUUCUCAAGACUUAUCAAAGAUGGAAUACGCACAUGGAGCCUUUUUUUCACUUUGCAGUUUGUUGCUGUAUAUGCUGGAUAGAGAAAAUCUGUGCAUAGGCAAGAUGAGCACUUGUCGUUGGUGUACACCUCAAGGCAAGUCAACAAUCGAGUUUCUACACAGCUACAGUUCAGAGGAGCUCUCUGCACAGGAAUUAAAAGCUGCCAAUGAAGAUCUUUGUUAUUGCCUGGAAUGUGUGGUGGACUAUCACCAAGCACGUGAUAAACUCCCGUUAGUACACAAGAAUUUAUGGAAAAUAGAGACUAAGCGUCUGAUAGAGCAUUUUGAAAAUGCACUGAAAGAAGAGCAGGAGGAGGAUGAUGAGUUGUUUCUAAUUGAGGAUGAACAGGAAAUUCAGCUUCAUGGGUACACAGGGCCAGACUUUGAGAACAACCUAAGGGUCCCCAUUCUGGAGAUUCUCAAAUAUCCUUACCUACUGCUUCAUGAACGCCUCAGUGAGUUGUGUGUUGAGGCCCUUAGUAAAAUGGAGCUGGGGAAUUUCUCCUUUCAGGCAUUUGAAAAAUAUCCUGGCAUAUAUCUACUUCUGGUACACCAAAAUGAAAUGAUCCGAAGAUGGGCAAUCCUUGCUGCCAGAUCUCUUGGAAAGGUGGAACGAGAUGAUUUCUAUGACUUACAGGAAGUGAUAACUUGCCUGCUGAAGGUCAUUGAACUGGAUCUUUUUGAAAAUAUAGACUUCUAUAAUAGUUAUGGAAUAGAAGAAGGAAAAUUGAUUCUUUUACCACCCCACCUUUAUGAUGUUAACAAUCACAAGAACUACUGGCUUGGUAUCUGCAUGCUGUUGAUGGUUUUGGAUGAACAAGCUAUGGACUCACUACUACUUGCGCAAGAUAAACAAAAUGACUUCAUGAAGUCAAUUCUGAACACCAUGAUGAAAAGUAAACCAGAUGAUGUUUCUGACCCAUUCUGGCCAGCUCUGCAGUGCUUCAUGGUAAUCCUUGAUCGACUUGGAUCAAAAAUCUGGGGCCAACUCAUUGACCCUACCGAGGCAUUCCAGACCAUUAUUGGAAGCCAGAGUUACAACAUCGAGAUAGAAAAAAUUCGUAAUACAAGAAAUAAUACAAAGAUAAAGUGUGAUCUGGAUGAUGAUGACGACGACGACGACAUGGUUUCAUGCAGCCAGAUUGUCUAUGACUACAACUCGACAAAACAAAGCAAGGAUGCUGGCUGGAGAAAUGCAAUUUGCCCAGAUUACUACCCGAACAUGUAUGAAGAAAUGCAAACUCUUGUAAAUGUGCUCCAGUGUGACAUUGGACAAGAUAUGCGUGUACACAACAGUACAUUUCUGUGGUUCAUCCCAUUUGUUAAUUCUGUCAUGGACUUAAAGGAUCUUGGCAUAGCCUACAUUGGAGAAGUUGUUCACCAUAUCUACUCAGAGAUAAAGGAUGUAUUGAAUCGGAAAGUGAAUUUCUGUGAUAAAGUGUCUGAGUUUUUUAUCCUUAUCUUGGUGUCCAUCAUAGAACUCCACAGAAAUAAAAGCUAUCUCCAUUUGCUGUGGUACAGCUCACAGAAGUGGGUGGAAGCAUUGGUGAAAUGUGCCACUCUUCCUGCCAGAGUGUUCAACCAAAACAGUGAGAAAGCAGCAGCAGCAAGUAAUGCCAAGGUCACAUCAACUACACUUGCUGCAGUGUCCUCUGCGGCAUGUUCCUCUAUCACUAGCUCAGUCCAGCAAGCGUGUGUUCAGUUAAUUCGUAGUUUUCUGAGAGAGGGAUGUCAGUCUCAGCAAAGAAACAUGUUCCAACAGUUCCUUGACAAACUAAAUCGACAAUUGCGAAGCACCUUUAUCCUUGGCUGGCAGCUAAGUUUCAAAGAACAGCAGGAAUUACAAUCCUGUUUAACACAGUUAGUUAAAAGUGCAAAAAAUAAAACCUCUGAAGUGAAACAAUUAGGCACAGGUGGAAGAGGAAGUGGACUAAAGUAUUCUCCAAUUAAAUCUGAAAAAGAAGAACUGGGGGAGUGGGGAAAAAUGCCCGAAUAUUAUAACAGUGGCCCUGGCCCACCAGCUCCUUCAACGUUACAACUCAACAGCAAAGACUCAACUAUUCAGCAAGGUAUCCCAAAUCAAGAAAAAAUGGAGGAUUGCAAGGCCCUGGAAGAUGGACCUAAAGAAUCCUUUGCAGAACCUGCCCUUCCAUUUAAGGCUGAGUUCACCUUGUAUGAUGACAGUACUUUCCUUAAUAAGAUAAGAAUUGAUGAUGAAAACGUUUUUAAUACAACUGAUGAACAGGAAUUACCUACAAAGGUGACCAUCAUAGAAAUCUCCCCCCCUCCCUCUCCUUGCCAUUCUUUGGAAAAUGUCACCAUGGAUGAACCACAGAGCAGAGAGACACACACUCUAGAACAAGCUGGUGGGCCCACGCAGGAACCCAGUUCCAAUGUGGAUUUUACUGCAAGUUCUUUGCACAAAGACAAUUUGCAGGCUGAGCCUCUUGAAGUCACUCGCAGUGUUCCGCGUAAAGAAAAAUGGAAACGGUCUAUGUUGUUAGAAUUUCAGGAAUCUAUGAACAAGAGCACAACAAAGCCUGAAGCUGUCUCCUCUGAAAGAGAUCAGCAUGUUCAUUCUCGGGUCCCUUCAACUUGUGAUCCUACAGCAACUGACUGUGAUUUGCCUCAGGUAAUGGAAUCAGUCAACGCUGGGCCAAGUAAGUUUAAGAUUGAUCCAAACAAACUGUUCAGUCUGAAAGUAAAGAUGCAAGCAGUUAACCUUAAGGGAAAGAUGCUGAAGGAAAGUAAUAAUUCUCCUAGUAAAGAAAGUACAUUUGAGGAGUUACCUAAUACAGGAGUCGACAUGCAAUUAGAUAAUAUAAACAAUAGAAAUACUAGCCAGAAUCUCAGUUUCAGCGGAAAACAAAUAAAAGGCGACAACAGUACAAAAAGUUUGCACUCUCCCCGUUUUCAGACAGCUACAUUAUCUCCACUUUCUGACAGAAGAGAAAAGCCACAAAGUUCUCAUCUUUCGUCACUUUCUCCAUUGUCAUCAGUGGAUACAGCAAAGUCUAGCAAUACAUCCAAAUCUCCUAGCCUAUCAAACUCAUUUCACCACUGUCCGAGCAGCAACAGCGAUAGCGAUGAUGAUGUGCCAUUCAGUGAAUUAAGGGUAAAACUGAAGAAAAGGGUUUCUCUAACUUCAGAGGUGAAUACAAAUGAUUCAAAGGUAGAUAAAGACCUUGAUGAGCCCUCACAAGCUUCUAUUGUAAAUGCUAACUUGUUCAGUGAUUUCCCCCAAGAAUUAUGCACAAUCCAAUCACUAAACAAGAUUGAUAGAAAAGUAAAAGUCGCCUGUCAGGUGCAGUCGCGUAGUUCCAAUCACAAUAAAGAAAAAUGUGAAUCUGAAUCAUGUUUGGAAGAGUCCACCAUUGACAAGAAUGCAGAAGUCUCUAUCUCUGAUCCGGAAUCCUCAAAAGAAACUACCAAAAUACUAGCAGUUCACACAUCUGAAGCAGAAAAAAAAAAUGAUGCUACCUCUAUACAGGGUGUCUCUGGUGCAAUUGAGCAAAAUAAAUCUUGCCUGCAAGAAAAAUCACCCCAUGCCAUUGAGGAAGAUGAUUCACAGUUCUUUGAAUUUGAAAGUGAAGAACAGGUUUUUUCUGUUUGGAAAGAUGCUCAGCCACAACACAAGCAAACAGUUGACAAAGAAAAAAUGAGCUCAAGUGAGUUUCAAGUGCAGUCAGACAGUGAUGACGCAGAAGUUAACAGUAUGCUUAAUGAAUGGGGCUAUGAUACCGAUUAUGUGUCUGAUGAAUUAAUUGAAAAGGUGGCUGAGGAGGCAGAAGCACACUUGAAGAAGGGACAGCAAGAAGUAGCAGUGAGUAGUCCGGACACUGAAAAACAAUUCACACUUGGGGUAAAACAGGCUUCUUCUCAGUCCAGCUCUACAGAUGAAGGUACAUCGGUUGGCAACAGCAAUGUUUCACGUUCUGGGUUUAUUUCUGAUACUGCCUCAAACCAUCAAAAUGAAAAAGAUAUCCACAGUAAAAAAACUAUUAAUCUAAAUUGCCUCAGAUCCCUAAUUAGGUCUGAUAAAAAUAAGCGGAAGCUCGCACCGAAUAAGAAAUUACUAGAUUCCCAGCUGGAAAAUAAACUACCUGAGAAGAAUAGGACAGAUAAAGGUGAAGAUAGAAGUAAACUUGGUUUAUCAAAGGGUGGAGUAAGAGAAAAACAUUCAUCCCUAGCCACUUCUAGAAAAGAUUUAAACAGGUUCACCCUAAAUAAACAAUCCGCACACAGUUGCCCACACCAGAAAACUAUGGUAGAAAAUAAACCAAAUAAAAACUCAGAGAGAAAAGGCUCUCGGACAUCAUUGACUAACAUUUCCAAGUUCCCUGCCAGGGAUGUGCAAAAGGAAUUUCCUUCAACUUCAGUGAAGCUCCAUUGCAGCUCCUCUCUGAAGAAGGUACGGAAACGUCCUGAACCUACUUCAACUGUUGAAAAACUUGGCCUUAAGAAGAAAACUCGUAAGGCUAUUGACCUUUCUCAGGGUAGCCUUGACAAUUUGAACAAACUGCGUAAUUAUGGUCAAACAAUGGGGACUAUUGAGCACAAGCACUGUAAGAAGGCGAAGCUCAUCUUGCCCCAGAAAUUAACAGUACGCACAAAUCCACGAUUGUUGGUUUCUCAGGAUCUCCAGUACCUAAGACAGUGUAAGCUUCAACAAUGCAGUAAAGGGAAGAAGAGAAAACAUACAUCUACACCUGAUGAAAGUGCUUUCCUAAAAAGAGCUCCGUCAACUGAAGGAAGCCAUGACUCUCUUUCUACUGGUGUCCAAAGGAAUCAGAAGCACCAAUCUACUUCAAUGGAAAAAAGCGAUAAUUGUGCUGCAGUGACUACUUCAUCAAAAAAAGAACAUAGUAGAGCAAUGGACAUGACUUCAACCGAGGAAGAACUUUCGAGUAUCAACGCAGUUGAUGACUUAAAUUUAACGCAACAUGAUCCUUUAGAUAUGGAUAUGAGUACAGAUGAAAACUCGGAAGAUGAUGAGUUCUUAAUGUUGACACAGAGGGAUCCCAUAGAUAUGGAUAUAGAUAGUGACACCACAGAAGAGGAGGAUUCCAAAAAAAAACCUUCAAGUGCAAAUGAGACUAGAUGCCAAUACGCAGGGUGCACUGAUGUUAUUGUACCCUCAGAGAAAUUUUGUGAGAAGCAUACUCUAUCUGAACCCAAAGAUGACACCUUUGCUAAGCCAGGGUUACCUCAGCCUAUCCCAAAAAGCUCAAGACCUACAACUACCAAACUUUUUGCUUCUAGCACUACCUCACGCAAUGCUCAACUUGCUACAGAGUUAGAGAUUGUCCCAAAACGUGCAGGAGGAGUAGUUUCAAAAGUUCAGCAAGUUCAAAAACCUUCAUUGGCAAAAUUUGCUGUGCCACUGCCACCAAGACCAACCCCUGUUGCAAAGGCUGUAGGAACUACUAAUGUUCUUCGAACGCUAAACGAAGAUGUGAAUUUUGGAGCGCAGUCAAGUUUUCCAGCAGCAGUUACAGCAUUGCCAUCCACCUUUACACCUCUACCACCUGGGAGAUCCAGGCAGGUUUCACCUAACAUGAACUUAGAUCUGACUGAACAUCGACACCAUGACCAAUCUUAUCUUAUCAAUGCAAUCCUCAAGUGGAACUAUCAGAUGUUUGACUCAUUCGAUCAGUUUGGGGCACCAGAUUCCCUCUGUGAAUUUCCACCACGAGAAGUGCCUGAAAGGUUUCAUUCAUAUGAAGAGUACUUCCAAACUUUUUACCCUUUAUUGAUGUUAAACCUAUUUGAACAGUUAGCUCAGAAACUGAAGGAAUCCAAGCAGACAAAUAGAAUGAUUCAAAAUUUUCUGACUUUGAAGAACUAUCGUAUGGAGGGUCAAAUAAACUGUGCGGAAUGUCAAGUUUUUCUACGUGACCACGAGAUUGAAAAACAACUGCACCCCAAAGAGGAUGAUGUUGUGUUUCUUUGGCUGCCCCACAAUCAGAAUUACUACGUGCAAGAAGAAGGAGAGAUAAUGAAUAAUAAUCCAGUCCCACAUAUAAGCCAUAUCUCAAGGACGUCACGUUUUUCAACUGGACGUGAUUCACAGACAACUCUAUACCUUUCAAUCCAUACAAGAGGGAAUGUUAGUGCAGUAAAAAACCAGCCAGUGAGGUGUGACGUAAUUGGUUCUCUUGUGACCACCAUAAGGCAGUUCAAAGGAUUACUUUUUCUAGCCAAGACUCCUCUGAUCAGGCCAAUCCUGUCAGCCAAUUCCUCAUACUUUACUCAACGAGAUUUAGUGGCGGGUCCAAAGCUGAGUGAUGCUGACGAUUACAAUGAGUAUCAGCAGAAAGCUAUCAACAUGGCAUAUGCAAUGGUCAAACAGCCAAGAAUUCCCAAGGUCUGUCUCAUACAGGGGCCUCCUGGAACAGGAAAAUCAAAAACAAUUGUUGGGUUCCUGCAUCGUUUACUUAAUGAGGAACAAGAGAAUGUUAAGCCAUAUAACAACAGGAACACUAGAACCAAACGAACCAGGAUUCUUGUGUGUGCACCAUCAAAUGCAGCCAUUGAUGAUCUCAUGAAGAAAAUCAUUGUUGAUUUUAAGAAGAAGUGCAAAGAUACAAGUAAUGCAUUAGGAAACUGUGGAGAUGUGAACCUGGUGAGACUGGGCACUGAGAAAGCCAUCCAUUCUGAUGUAACAAGGUUCAGUCUGGAUUAUCAAGUGAACCAUAGAAUGAAAAAGGGCCAAUCUGAUGCCGAUCAGGUCAAUCAAAGACGAAAGGAUUGGUUGGACAGGAGGCUAGAUGAACUGGGGAAGAAAUGUGCCAUCAUCAAAAAAGACAAGGAGCAGAUUGAAUUGGCAACUCAAGAAAGGAGAAAAUUGGAGAGGGAGAGGGAAGAGCUUGGACGCAGACUGAAGGAGCUUCGAGGUCGAACCCAGGACAUACAGCUAAACAUUAUCCUGGAAUCACACAUCAUCUGCUGCACUUUGAGUACCAGUGGGAUUAUGCUUUUGGAGAUGUCAUUCCGAAAACUGGGCCAUGAACCGUUUAGCUGUAUUGUUGUGGAUGAGGCCGGGCAGGCAUGUGAAACUGAAAUACUGAUUCCUUUGAUAUUCCGUUGUCCUAAACUUGUUCUUGUUGGAGACCAUGAGCAACUGCCACCAACCAUAAUCUCCAUGAAAGCAAAGGAGUUUAACUAUGGCCGAUCAAUGAUGUGCCGUUUGCAAAAAUGCCUGCAUGAUGAAGUGAAGCAGAACAUUUGUGGACGGAGCCCAGUGAUGAUGCUAUUAACCCAGUACAGAAUGCAUCCUGAUAUCUGUCUGUUCCCCUCCAAGUACAUUUAUGGGAAUUUGUUAAAGACUGAUGAAAAGAUAGAGGUGCAGCGUUGUUCUCCGAGCUGGCCUUUCCAGUCAUACAUGUUGUUUGAUGUGACGGAUGGACAUGAAUAUCGGGAGAAAGACUCUUAUAUCAACACACAGGAAGUGAAACUGGUAAUAGCUUUAAUCAGUAUGAUUGCAGAGAAACAAAAAGGGAUGUGCCGUAAUAUUGGAGUGAUCACCCCCUAUAAUGCACAAAAACACAAAAUCAUGAAUCAAAUUGAGCAAGAGUUUAAAAUGGCUAGACUUGAACAAGGCAGGUCAGUGCAGGUGGGCACAGUAGAUGGGUUUCAAGGAUGUGAGAAGGAUUGCAUCAUUGUCACCUGCGUCAGAGCAAGCAAUCUUCAAGGAAAUAUUGGGUUCUUAGCAGAUCGACAGAGAAUGAAUGUUACAAUUACGCGAGCUCGACUGAGUCUCUUCAUUCUGGGAAAUCUGAAAACUCUCAUGGAAAGUAAAGACUGGAACGCUUUAAUUCAGGAUGCACAAAAGAGAGGAGCCAUAGUGAAAACAUGUGAAAGCGAAUAUAAGAAAGACUGCCACAAAAUUAUGAAACCCAGGCCCGCUUUCCAGAGAAAUAUUUCUGAUCCAUGUUCGUUAAUAAGUGAACAGAAAAAGGUUCCUGAUCUUACACGGAAAAGUUCAUGGAAUGAUAGUUUCAGUUUCAAAACUGCUACACGUCAAGUAGCUGAUGUCCACAGUGGACAGUUCCAAAAAGCACCGAUUCCUUCUCAACAAGCAGCUUCAUUACCCCAUCAUUUGCAUAAAACUCAAGCUUCUGUUACUGUAGAGCCCCGGAUAUCAGCUAAUGUUUCGCAGCCUCAGACAUCUUGCAAGUCAGAGUUAUCUGCUCAGGCUAAGCUUAGAGAUCCGAGACUGGCCCGGAGAGCAGAAUCUUUGCGUGAGGGUACUCAAUCCUAUCAAACUCCUUCAGAGUCACGUGUUGUACCACCAGAUUCAUCUGCAUCUAUUAGUGGACGUGGUGCUUCUCAUCCUUCACAUUUUGGUCAGCCUAGUGGAAAUUCUCUUUCAAGAGCUGGUGGUGAUAAACUUAAUACUUCUACUCUGAACAGAAGUUUGGAACCUCCUUCUGGGACCUCUGUGUGUAGAAAUAGUAAAGAUAUGGCUUAUGGUCUCAACAAGUGUCCAAGUUCCAGAAGACACAAACAGAAUGAAAAAGAGAAAGAAGACAUAUAUGGCGAACAAAAACAGAGAUGGAAAUGAAAAUAUUAUGGGUUAAGUUCUCUCUCAGUAUAUUUGACUUUAUCUCACAGGGCUGGUAUAAAAUUUCCAUCAUACAGAAGCAGUGAUUGAUGUAUAAGUGAAAUAACUAAGCUUUAUAGACUUCAUUUCUUUUGGUUUAUGAUUAUAAUUGUGCAUAGUUUAUUUUUACUGUUUUGUUGAAAAUAAGCUGCACUACUUUAAUUUUGUAUUCUCAAAUUUUCUCCUGUUUCUCCCCGAUUCCCUGACUGAGGGCAUGCAGGUAACCUGCUCCAGAGACACUCAAUAUUGCUAACUGACUGGCCACUUGAAUAGGUGCAGAAGGAAAUAGCCAAUGAGAAACUGUCCCAGUACAGAAAGAUGGGGUAGUUUGAUGCAAGUUCCUUGCUUAAUGUCUUCCCAGGAUGGUAUGGCCAAAAUCUACCUAUUUAGGAACUGAAAACAUUGUACCACUUGCACUGAUAUAUCAGCAUGUUGUGCCAUUCGUCAUCAGUAUUUAAAUAUUUUUGACAAAAAUAGAAUCUUAGUUCAGCAGACACACAAUUCCAAUCUAAUCUCACUUAGUCACUAGGUUCAAGAUGUUAGCCCUUCUUAGCAUGGAUCAUGGAAUGUAGAAACAGUCCCUGAGAUUUUAACCAUGUUUAUGAACCACAUUUAUUUUACAUGUUUAUAGGUUGUGCAUUUUCCCUCAAGUACAACGUUUACCAGGAUUGUGAAACAGAAUAGUAAGGCAGGAAUUCACAUUUUGCCCUUUCACAGACUUGAUUUAACUAGGAUGGGUUUUUAGUAGAUGGGGGUGAGGGUGACAGAAUGACUGUACAGUUUAACCCUUACAUUAUUCAGCUAACACUCUUUAGAAACUUUCUGUACAGAACAAAUUUCUGGCUCUUGUGAAGGUCCCUUACUUAAUUUUCUUUGAAGUUGCAUUUCCAUUGUGUAUCUUAUUUACAGGCUGUCCCAUGGAUUUGAAACUGUUUUUAAACAAAAAUAUUAGAAUUGCAAAUGAAGACUGUGGGAUCUGUACUAUCUGGAGGACACUCUAAUCAGCUGCAGACAGUUUGUCCCACUUAAAUGGUUAAUAUCCAUUCGAAUGCAUACACACUGGGUGAUUUCAUUUAGAGUUGUUAGCAGUAUGUAUAUAAAUAUCACACAGUCCACGGCUUAAUUGCAGUAAAAUAGCAACUGGCCAGCCAUCUGUAUGUAAAAUUAAAGAAAAAUCCUAAUGCUUCAUGGAUUUGCCCGGUGGGUUUCUUUUGGAAAUGUAAUUACUGUACAGUGGGUGGUUAUAUAUACAUAUUGUAUAGAAAUCUUCAACUGAUGCAGCUGUAGAGUCUUGCUUUACUGGAAAAAGCUUGUCAACUGCAGCAUUCAUUCUAAAGUUCAUAAUGCUGAGUUGGAACAAUAAUAUGCCAGGCUUACUAGUUUUAUACAAUGAACAAGCCAGAACUUGAGUAGUUGGGCAUUGUAGUUUGCAGUUGGGAUAUUUGUGGUUUUCACUGUCCCACUCCCACUCCACUCUCCCAGUAGAGUAAUGCGGACACUAAAAUAUGUUGAACAUUUUCUUUUGUACUUAAUAAAAUUGUUUUUUAAGAA